UCGUUAUGAGAUCGCCAUCUCUAUUUUCACCAGUAUUAUUCUUUAAGAUUAUAAAAGUCUAAGCAACAAAGAUAUGAAAAGCAAAAUGGGUCUUUUCAAACAUUUUCAACAACGAAUUAAGUGAACAAAGCAUAAUUAGCUGAUUUUAGAAAAGAAAUCCGCAAUAAUAUUAGUUAGAGAGAGCCUUUUAUUCCAUAGUAAGAAAAGAAACCAAUUUUAUUAACAAGUUGGAAGAAACAUGAAAGAAAAAAUACGUAAGUUUUUCAAAUUAUUUACAGCGAAGGUAAUGUGGCUAAAUAUAUGGCUAAGUCUUCUCCAAAGAAAAGUCUAUAAGGAGGAUUAAAUAUGGAAGAAAUUUUGUAAACAUUAUUUUUAUUCAUUGCAGCACUCAAAAGAAAUUUAUUGAUAAGAAUUAGUCAUAAAAUACUUUUUAUUAUUAACAAUAAAGAAAAGUGGAUUAAUUAUUUAAAAAAGAAUAAAAUGAUUCUUUUAGUAGAUAAGAUAACUCAUUCUCUAAUUUAUUAAAACCAAAAAGAUCAUCUUAAGCUCUUUUAUCAAGAUAAUCAGGAAGAGAUUAAUCUCCAAUUAAUUUAGAAAGAUUUAGAAGUUGGGACACAAAAUUAGAUCUUCAACUAAAACAAUUAAAUAACUCUAAAGAUAUUAGUUUUUAUAAAUAUUCUUAAUAACCUUAAAAAGAGAAUAUUUAUGAGACUAGUAAACCACUUUAGACAAAAGAUAUAUUUAAUGUUAAUAAAAAUGCAAACAAUUUUAAUAAAUUUUUAAAGAAUUCAUCUCCACCUAAAUUCAUUGAAAAAAUACCCUUAACAGAUAUAGUUAAAAUGCAGUCAUAUUUCUCACAAAUGCCCACUGCAGAAAUUGUUACAAUCCCAAGAGGGUAAAAAUAUAAUAUAAAAUUCUUAGAUAUUUAUAAGAAUUAUAGAAUUUAUAAUAAACUCUGGCUAGAGUUGUCAAAUAGUCAUCAUAAAUUAUUUGA